AUGACAGAAUCCAGGCCACGGAAGUCCGAACAGGCAUUGGCCACACUGCGAGCUUGGCGUGCGUGGCGUUCGAAACACCGAAUGCCGCUGGAGGAGGCGCUGAAAAACCCUGGAGCGUGGCGCCUGUACAAGGAAAUGCUGCAGCACAACGGUACUGCCAAAGCUGACGUCAACAGCUACGAAGAAUGGCUUGAAGUGACGAAAUGUACUCAGCGUUGGGUUGAAUGGAAGCGAGCGCAUCCCAAGCCUCUAAGGGAAGUUCUGGCAGACCCGGAAGGGUGGGCACUCUUCUACGCGAUGAAGCAGGAGAAGGGUGUUACUGUGCCUCCAACUUACGAAGAGUGGUUACAGCAUCAAGACCAAAGAAGAAGCAUGGCGUAUGAAGCCUGGGUGCAGUGGCGGCGCCAGCAUCCAGGUCCCCUUACAGAAGUCCUUGCGGACCCAGAGGGAUGGGCACUAUACAAAGCGAAGCGCGCAUCGCAAGACACAAAAUUGCCAGAAACUCAUGAGGAAUGGUGCAGAGACCCUAGCACUAUCAAAGCAAUGGCAAUGGAAGCCUGGACGACGUGGAGGAGAGCACACCCAGGCGCUCUGCGGAAGGUAUUAGCGGACCCUGCGGGCUACCAGCUGUACAAACACAUGCUGGAGUCGUCGGGAAAGCAAGCGGAUCCAACAUACGAGGAGUGGAAGGAAAGGAGAACAAAUUCAUCUUGGCAAGCGUGGCGCCGCGAACACCCGGGCCCUUUAGUCCGCGUGCUGGCGGAUCCUUGCGGCUGGCGGUUGUACAGAUGUGACCUCGAGCAGCAGCAGCAGAAGACCGGGGGUAAGGAAAAGCUGCCCGAAAGCUACGAAGAGUGGCUUCAGCUUCCGCAGCAGCAGCGAAAUGCGGGAAAAAAGGACAAACAGCUGUCUGGCAGCAGCGAAUCCGAGUCAAAAAGAGGCACCAUGGCAACUAAUAAGAACAGAACAACUGGGAACGGCCCACAGAAAGGUAAGCAACAAAGUGCGGCAAUGGAUGCCUGGCUGUCUUGGUUGGGGAGGCAGCAUUCCACUGACCUCAAUGAGCUUUUGCAGAAUCCCGAGGGCUGGGAACUGUACAGAGCUGCCAUGAGCAAACCCAGGCGCCCCCUCCCCGAGACGUACGAUGGUUUCAGAGCUCUCGAGGCAGCAUCAAAAGCAUGGUCGGCUUGGCGUGAGGAGCACCACGGCAGCCCCGUAAACGUGCUAAAAGAUCCUGAAGGCUGGAAGCUUUAUUCUGCCCUCAUGCACGCUAGAGGUGUGCAGAUACCCGCAACAUAUGCGGAGUGGUUGCAGAUGCCGGAGCAGCGUGUAAUCGUGGCGGCAACGGAGUGGGUCCGGUGGAGGGAGCAACGGUUGCAGCAGCCGUUUAUGCAGUUGCUAAGCGCAGAGGAAGAGGGGUGGAAGCUAUUCCGGGCGUUUGUAGAAGCUAUAGGUACGCAUCUUCCAGCAACAUUCAAGGAGUGGGAGCCAGGAGCGGCUGAGUCUUUGGCGGGAGCUCAGGCUGCCUGGCGGUCAUCGGCCCGCUGGGGUGCGCCUCGGCGGAUUGAAGUGUUCGCUCUGAGGCGGGCUUUGGCUGAAGUUCGGGGUGAGGAGUUUCCUGCCACCUAUGAGGAAUGGCUACGGACGCCCAGCUCUCGGCUGCGUAGUAGCCAAACAAAUUCGUGGAAGUUAUGGAGGAGGCGUCAUCCAGGGCCCCUCGCAGAAGUGCUGAAGGACCCAGAAGGCUGGGAACUGUACGUAAAGAAGCUGCAGUCAUCCGGUUCCCAUGUGCCGGCCUCCUAUGAUGAGUGGAUGGAUUCGCCCCAGAGGAGGCGCCAGGAAGCAACAAUGAACUGGGCUUUGUGGCGCAGGAAAAACAGAGGGCCGAUGCUGGAAGUGCUGCAGGACCCCGAGGGGUGGAAACUGUACAGUGCGAUGAAACAGGCAAUUAGCGGCUCCUCGUGCGAGCAGUUCGAGGAGUGGCAGAAUUCAAUAGGGGCCCGCAAGAAGGCAUUGCGGGAGUGGCUAGCGUGGAAGAAACUUCACCCUGGCCCUCGUUACACGAUUCUUAGUGACCCUCUAGGUUGGCGGCUCUACCGUGCAGCAUUCGCUGGUCACAAAACUAUUCCAGAAACUUACGCGGAGUAUAUUCAAUCCCGACAGCCCACCAUAGAGUGGCUCGCAUGGCGCCGUCAGCAUCCGGGCCCGCUGUUGUCCGUGCUGGCUGAGGACGGCGGCUGGACUCUGUACAAGGAUCACAUGUUGGCUACAGGCAAAUCCGUUCCUCAGGACUUCGAGGAGUGGGCCGAAAGCCACCGCACGGCAACCAGCAAUGGCAACUCCAGACGCGGGAAACGUACAGUCUCCCCUCGUGAGGAGGCAAUAGGAGCACAGCAGGUUACUGUGCAGUAA